CACCACCUCCCUCUCUGCGCGGUCUCCGAAUUGCAGUACGAGCGAAUAUUCAGUCGUUCGGUUUUUUUUUGCCGCAGCACUUUGUGGGUUUCCUUUGGUGACCCGUCCUGCGGCUCCGGCUCUUUUGAAACCGGUGGCAAAAUACCGCAACCGCCGAGUAGAAAUUGCUCAGUUUGUUGUUGUUGUUGUUGGGGAGUGGCAAGGAGCAAAAUAAACUUUUGGGCCCUCUCGUGAGAUUUCUGCGUGGCGCUGAACAACCUGGAAACCUUCUUGUGCGUGUGACCUUCAAGGUUUGGAGAGAACUUUUGAGACAUGUCCACGACCAACAACGCAGCUGCGGCUGCCACCCCGCAGAGCCUGAAGCACACCAAUGCCCACGACGCGACCCGGCGGCAGAACGGCGAGGAGGAGGACGAGGAGGAGGAGCAAGACGACGAGGAGGAGAUGGAGCCCGUGAAGAGGACGUGGGGAGACCGCCUCAAGGGACUGCGCCACUUCUUCUACAACCCGCACACGGGAGAGGUGGUGGGGCGCACCCCCAAGAGCUGGGGCCAGAUCUGCUUGUUCUACUUCCUGUACUUCUCCUUCCUGGGUGCCCUCUUCGCCUUCACCAUGUGGGCCUUGGUGAUGACGCUGAGCUACGAGUUGCCCAAGUACCAGGACCGUGUCUCCAGCCCUGGUCUGAUGAUCCGGCCCAGGGCUCCGCUGUUCGAAAUUAACUUCAUGAGCAACUCUCCGAAGUCAUUUGAGCCCUACGUGAACUCCAUCAACGAGCUCCUGAGCAGCUACCAAAACACCUCCGAAAACUUCUGCGACGCGGGGCUGUACCGCGACGAGCAGGCCGGCGCCGGGCAGCCUGGCCGCGUGCCCCUCAUGUGCCCUUUCUCCCGCAAAGACCUGGGGCUCUGCUCCGGCCUCGAGGACCCCAUGUACGGCUUCACGAGCGGCACGCCUUGCGUGCUGCUCAAGAUGAACCGGAUAAUCGGUUUCAAGCCGGGAAAUCACACGAAUCCGGUCAAAGUCACCUGCGACGGGAAGAAAGAAGAGCAGCAGCAUCUUUUGGGAGACAUCGAGUUCUUCCCAAAUGACAUUUUCGACCCCAUGUACUUCCCGUACUACGGCAAGGUGCUGGAUGGCAUGUACACGCAGCCGCUGGUGGCCGCGCGCUUCCUGAACCUCACGCACGACACCCCCGUCACCAUCGAGUGCCGCCUGGAGGGCAACGGCAUCGUCAACAAGCACGAGCGCGACCGCUUCCUGGGCCGCAUCGCCUUCACGUUCACCGUCAGCUCGUAGCGCCGACCACCCUCCCUCCCUCAUGCUGCUCUCCCCCCCCCGCUCGUCUUGCUCUGCCACCGUCACAUUGUCGCUCUCCCUCCUCGCCGCCCCGCCCAUCCCAUCGGCCCGCCCGCCAGUCGGCUUAGCCGUUACCGCACCUUCUUUUAGCGGCCGGGACGCGCGCACUUGAGAUUUCUCUGAGCGACGGGGCGCGACUGGACGCCGACCGUCAUUCAAAAUCGUCGCCCCCGCCCCCCACUUCUAACUGGCGAUUUGCCCUGACACCCGCAACCUGGUCCACUGGAGGCACGUUUAGGGCACCUGUCCCCGGCAGCGUUUCCCAUAGUCGAGAUUUAUUUGCCAAACAUGCGAACAAACGGAGCUCUCCCUAGCGCGCAACUGGAAUGGCAACUUCCACUCGAGAUCCCAGAUAGAGGUCACGUGACUGCCUUGACGUCGGGCUCUAUCCGCUUGAGGCACGGCAGCUUCAAGCAAUGGCGUGAAUGGCAUCUGGGGAGGAGAGAGAGAGAGAGGGGGGAAGUCUUCUGCUUGAUCGCUUUUGUGGUAUUGACCGAGUAGCUGGCAACAAUGGACUGCAUCAAAGAAUGACUCGCUCGCUCCAUUCUGUUGCCCACUAAGUUGCCAUAGUCGCUCCUGGUUAAUGCGAUGCCGGUGAUGAUUGUCGGCAACGAUUGCCUGAAACUAACUCUGGAGUGGAUCAUGGCCUUUAUGAGAGCAUUUUGGGGCACGGUUUGGUAUUUUGACGUGCGGUACAUAGAAAUAAAACUUAAUUUUUUUUUUAGUAAAUAACUAAACCGUCGAAACGCAAUAUACGCACAUUUGCAUUUUCUACAUUUGUAAUCAUUUCAUUUUUAUUGAGCGAUUACAUUUUAUGACGUCGUACCUGAGCCAACCGCGACUGUACAUCUUCCCAUUGUCAUCGUCAUCAAACACUGCCUUAUGACUGCAAAAUUCCUUUGUUGUCCUUAACCUCAGAUUAGCACGGUUGGCUCUGUACGGUGCGAAAGAGGUUCAACACACACACGCGGUCUAAGGCAGUUGAGCAAAAGGGAUUUGCACUAAUCCCCCACUUAAAUCCGCCGCAGGAUGUUUGGAAAUACCAUCGUCAUAAUGCGGGGCCGGAUCUUGGAGGCCACGCGUGUUGCCGGAUCUGGCAGAGGGUGGUGAGCGUUGGCGCGGUGUGAUGGCAUCAUCCGCAUUCACUGUGCUGACACUUUGUUCUCGAUGUGGCAAUGUGUGGUAAUGAUGAUGGUAGUCAUAUGGCGGGGAGGUGAGCAACCUCUGUGUUGAUGAUGGCGGGUGAGCCAGUGGACGGCUUGGGAAUAGCCUCGUGAACAUCUGGAACGCUCCCGGCCAACGAUUUGAGUGGGCAGUGGCGUUACGUUGUGGUCAACGUUGCUCAUAUUGUGAGCAGCCAAGUCAGAGGUGAAGGGUCACAGAAGCAUACCAGGGGCCUUGUGGCGAGCAAGUCGCACAUUAUCCAUAAUAGAGGUUCUUUGGGAUAGAUCGCGUAAAUAUAAAUGUGUCGUGAAACCCGCCACCACCCGACAGACAGAAAGGUUUUUUAACAUAAACAAAACAUGACAAUUAGUUACUAGUUCAGCACACUGGUGUGUUGUAGAGUAAAUCCACAAUUUGCCCUCAUUCAUCCCUCCAUUUAUCAGACACGUCUCUGUCUUAGUCCGGCUCUAGACCUGAGCGAUCGGUUGCGAAUCCAAAUCGCCCUCGAAACCGUGCUACUUAAUCAACUCCUUUGUCCGCAUCUGAGCCAGCAGUUGUGCAACAACGGGCGUGUCUAAGGGCGUGUCCAAGGGCGUGGCUAAGCCAUCUAGCCACACCCCUUAAAGGAGAAGGGCACCGCCCGUGGUUCUCAUUUAGCCCCCCGCCAACCCAUCCACGCCACCAUCGUGACGCCAAAUCAUAGCUCGCAAAUGUGCAGCGCGUAAAUAAAUGCGUCGUUGCUACGAAUCCCUCAGCAGAUCGAUGCUCCGUGUCGACCGCUCCCAGGCGUUUGCAGAGACGUUCCGCACGUAAGCGACUGGGUUGCACGUGGCCAAGUUGCGCAAAACUGAUCGCUCAGGUGCGGAGCCGGCUUAAGACACAGUGGACAGUAACCUCGUGGUUGUGAAAUCGUUACUUUCCAACAUUUUUUGUAGUUAAUUUAACAAACGUGUCUCGCUUGGCACGGAAACCCAUGGUAGCGAUAGUUUACUUAGGAGAGGGUCACUGAGUCUAAAUAUUUCAAGAGGUUCCUGCUCUCCGAUGUUUUUUCAAGAGUCUCCUCCUCCAUGAUAAACUGUAAGUGGGAGGACACUGAGAGCAGAAGAAUGCAUCGAUCUAUUGAUUAACACGGAUUAUUAACCUCGCGAUACAUGCGUCAAAUCACGCGCGCACGAAUCUAUGUUUUUACCCUUUGUUUAUGUCGUAAUGGGUUACGCGUCACCCCCGCAGCCACUGCAGGCGCAACCAUUAAUCGCAUCGUUAAAUAAAUAACUGGUUCUUGUAUCGAAUCGUGACAAUUCAUUGAAUCGUGGCGGGGAGGUGAUGUUUGUCAAUCAAUCUACCAUGGAGGGCAGGGCGGGGGGGGGGGACAUUUAUUUUUUCCUGAUUUCUGACGAAUAAUUUCUCUACGGCCACGCACGAACACGCCGUGGUCACUUCUGCCACUGCCCGAGGCUCUCUUGCCGUUGACAGUCCCCCCCCCCCCGCCACAAAUUAACAACACGGCGUUUGCCAGGCCCAAUUUUUUUAAAAUACUAAUUGUAAUAAUAUUGCUCCCUUGGUGGCCGACGAGAGCGGGCUAAGAUGCUCGCAGCGUCUUUUGGAUCAAAGCGUCGCUUUGCGCGUCCGUUUCGAAUGGGGGCAGCUCCUCCCCGUCGCGUGGCUGGAGGUCGUGCGAAAUUAAAUCACGGGGACCGAUGUGUGCGCGCCCCCCCCCCCCCCCCUCCCUCGAGGAAGCCAAUCGUGCCCAGAGGGAUUUGCCAGCCUCGGUGUUUCGCGUUCCGAUCGCUUGGCCGCGGUGCCGGUCGGGUUGGGCCGAUUGUUGUGCUGCUGCUGCUGCUGCGUUUGUAUUGGCUGGUCCUUGUCAUCUCAGAAACCUGUUGCUUGAUCUCGCGCUUUGAAAACUCAGAACUGCUUUUUUUGUUCCUGUCGUCCUUCCCCCCGCACACUCCCGAUUAGCACGGUUGGCUACGUGCGGUGCGAAAGAAGUUUAACGUGAACACGCACGACCCCACCCUUCUUAAGUGCCUGGCGCUCGCAUAUUUAAGAUCCCGCCUGUGUGACGCGGUGCUUAACCCUGUUUAGCCCCGUCUGUAAUACGUACUUAUACUGUAUAUCAGUAUUUUGCCGUUAAGUACCAUCGGCUG